AACGGAAAUGAGUCAUGAGAGAUUGGACAAAGAAGAAUAUUGUUCAUAAAACUUGAUCAUAUGCACCGAAAGUACGCAAAACAAGAUUGGUGAAAGAAGAAGUCUGUUCAUAAAACUUAUGCAUUGAAAGUACGGAAAACGAGAUGGCAAGUUUCCUCUGUGAUUUGGUGAAGAAAUAUGUGGAGAAAUUGAUUGAUGGCGCAAUAGCAGAAGCACGUUAUGUAUUUUGCUUCACAUGCAUUGUUAAGAAAUUUGAAGAAGAAAGAACUACGUUGGAACCACAAAGGAUAACUAUCGAGCAACGUGUCAAAGAUGCAAGAGAAAGAGAUAAAGAUAUUCAAGCUAUAGUUAGUUCUUGGGAAAAAGAUAUUGAUGAGCUCAAUCAAGUGGACACAAAAACAAAACAAACAUGUUUUUUUGGAUUUUGUCCUAAUUGUAUCUGGCGAUAUAAAAAGGGAAAGGAGUUAUCAAAUAACUUGGAGAAGAUCAAACAACUAAAGGGAGAGAAAUUUGAAAAUAUUGAACUUCCUCGCCCUGUUCCAGGUGUUGAACGCUAUUCAUCCAAAGAUUACAUUUCUUUUGAAAGUAGAGAGUCAAAAUACAAAGAACUGUUGGAUGCAUUAAAAGAUGACAAUAACUAUAUAACCGGAUUGCAAGGGAUGGGGGGCACUGGAAAGACAACAAUGGCCAAAGAAGUGGGUAAAGAGCUAAAGCAAUCUGAAAUAUUUGCUUAUGUCGUUGAUACGACCGUGUCAUUUACUCCUGAUAUAAAAAAAAUUCAAGAUGAUAUUGCUGGAUCUUUAAGACUGGAAUGGGGGGGUUGUAAUGAACCAGACCGACCCAAAAAACUAUGGAGUAGAUUAACAAAUGGUGACAAAAUUCUUGUGAUACUGGAUGAUGUGUGGGAUCGAGGCCCACCUCUUGAUUUUGAUGCAAUAGGAAUUCCAAAACAAGACACACACAAAGGUUGUAGAGUUCUUGUAACCUCGCGUAAUCAAGAAACUUUCAACAACAUGGAUUGUGAUAAGAUAAUUGAAUUGGGUCUUUUAUCAGAAGAAGAAGCAUGGAUCAUGUUCAAAAUGUAUGCCAAGAUAAGUGAUAGCACCUCUCAAAAAUUGAUCGAUAAGGGACGUAAAAUUGCAAAGGAAUGCAAACGAUUACCUGUUGCAAUUUCAGUUAUCGCCAGUAGCUUAAAGGGCCACCAACAUCGAGAGCACAAAUGGGAUGUGACAUUGAAAUCCUUGAAGAAGCCUGUAUCCAUGCAUGGUGUUGAUGAUGAUAAGGUUGGAAUUUAUAACUGUUUGAAGAUUAGCUAUGAUAAUUUGAAGGAUGAAAAAGCCAAGGGGUUGUUUCUCUUAUGUUCGGUUUUCCGAGAAGAUGAAGAAAAUUCUAUUGAAGUUAUAACAAGACUUUGCAUAGGUGUGGGCCUUUUGGGGGAAGAGUAUGGUAGCUACGAUGAUGCUCGAAACCUAGUAGUUCUAGCCAAAGACAAGCUCGUAGAUUCUUGUUUGUUGUUGGAGGACGGUGAAAAACGUCUAAAACUGCAUGAUUUGGUCCGUGAAGCAGCUCAAUGGAUAGCGAACAAAGAGAUUCAAUGUGUAAAAUUGUUUGAUAAAAAUGAGAAGUCAUCGGUUGAAAAGCAAACAAAUAUCAAAUAUUUAUUAUGUGAAGGGAAGUGCUUGGAUAUUUUUAACUUAAAGUUUGAUGGUUCCAAACUUGAGGCAUUAAUUAUCAAGGCGGAUACCGACCGCGGAUGUACAGAAGUUCCAAAGUCUUUUUUUGAAAAUGUUAUCAAGCUUCGUGUUUUGAAUUUUUCUGGCAAUUAUUAUGACUCACCUUUAUCAUUACCAGAUUCAAUUCGGUCAUUGACCAAUAUUCGAUCUAUGUUGGUUGAUAAAGUGGAUUUAGGUGACAUCUCUAUUUUGGGAAACCUACAAAGUCUGGAAACUCUUGAUUUGGUUGAAUGCACAAUCAAAGACUUGCCAGAUCAAAUUACAAAACUGAGGAAGUUUAAAUUGUUGAAGUUGGAACAUUGUGAAAUUAGAAUGAAUAAUCCAUUUGAAGUUAUUGAAAGAUGCUCAUCACUUGAAGAGUUGUAUUUCGAAUAUAGUUUCAAUGAUUUUUGUCAGGAAAUAACCUUACCUGAGUUGCAAAGAUAUCAUAUCAGGAAUGAUUGGAAAGCCUUCUAUUCAAACAAAACCAAUUUAUCCAAAUAUGUUGUGUUUUGUGGCAAUCAAAAGUGUCAAUUUUCAGAAGAAACACUCAAGUACUGCAUGCAAACAGCAGAGGCUCUUUCUCUAGAAAGAAUUAAGGGGGAAUGGAGAAAUCUCAUGCCUGAGAUUGUUCCUUUAGAACACGGUAAGAAUGAUCUUGUUGAACUUCAUUUGAAUGGGAUUUCACAACUACGGUGCCUCAUUGACACCAUUGGUUCUCAUGUACCGAUCUUGUCCAACUUGGUUGUACUAGAACUGGAAAACAUGGAAAAUUUGGAACAACUAUUCAAUGGUAAGCUAAACCUCUGCAAUCUAAAGAGAAUCACACUUGAGAAUUGCCCUAUGUUAAUUUCUAUACUAUCUUUCCUCUCUGCUCAAGAUCUUCCAGUACUAGAAGCUAUCAGAAUAACAAAAUGUUAUGGAUUGAAAUAUGUGUUUGGUCAAUCCCAACAUGUUGAACUGGUUUCACUAACUGAAUUGAAGCUCUCUGAAUUACCAAACUUCAUUGGUAUUUUUGAAGAAUGUGUGAAGGGAUCAUCAUCCACUUCCAAAGCACAAAUACAAUUGGAUCCUAUGCAUGAUAGGGAUCAACCGCAUGACUGCUCAGUGGCAUCGGAAUCAAAUUCAUAUGGCCUUAACAUAUGGGAACGUCUUCAAAUACAAUCAAACAUCCUCUGCAAUAUUAAAGUGAUUGUGCUGACUCAUUUUCCGAAGAUGAAAUCAGUAUUUAUCCUAUCUAUUGAUCUAAUAAUGCAGUUGGAAAUUUUGAGAAUUGAGAACUGUGAUGAACUGAAGCACAUAAUAAUAGAUACUGGAUAUCAUAACAUUGGUGGCAACAUCUGUGUCAAUGUCUUCCCAAAAUUGAAAAAGCUCUCUGUUAAAAAGUGUGCUCAAUUGGAAUACAUAUUUGGACAUGACACUAGUGAUCGCCAUGAAUUGAGUGGGAACGUUGAUCAUUUUCUCACUUUGGAAAUCCUUGAGUUAUGCAAUUCCAAUGUAGAACAUAUAUUUUCCCUGAAUGAAAUUGAUGAACAGCAACUGGACUUAGCUUUGCGAUACAUUAUCUUGAUUGAUCUGCCUAUGAUGACUUGUCUUUUUGUGGGUCCCAAAUAUUCAUUUUCCCUCAAAAACCUUAAAGACAUAACAAUCAUGCGAUGUGACAAAUUGAAAAUUGCAUUCUCCACUUCCAUUUUAAGAUUUCUACCACAGUUGCUUUCUUUAACAAUAGAAGAAUGCAAAGAGUUGGAACAUAUUAUUGAAGAUGAUUUGGAGAAUAAAACUAAUUCAAAUUCCUUGUCUUCAACAACAUGCUUCCCAAACCUAGACUUACUUAUUAUAAAGUGCAACAAGUUGAAAUUUGUUUUCUCCUCUACUUCCAUGUUAAGAUUUCUACCACAGUUGAGUUCUGUAACAAUAGUAGAAUGCAAAGAGUUGGAACAUAUUAUUGAAGAUGAUUUGGAGAAUAAAACUAAUUCAAAUUCCUUGUCUUCAACAACAUGCUUCCCAAACCUAGACUUACUUAUUAUAAAGUGCAACAAGUUGAAAUUUGUUUUCUCCUCUACUUCCAUGUUAAGAUUUCUACCACAGUUGAGUUCUGUAACAAUAGUAGAAUGCAAAGAGUUGGAACAUAUUAUUGAAGAUGAUUUGGAGAAUAAAACUAAUUCAAAUUCCUUGUCUUCAACAACAUGCUUCCCAAAGCUAGAAGUACUUGUUGUUAGUAAUUGCGACAAGUUGAAAUUUGUUUUCUCUACUUCCAUGUUAAGAUUUCUACCACAGUUGCGUCGUUUAAGAAUAGAAGAAUGCAAAGAGUUGGAACAUAUUAUUGAAGAUGAUUUGGAGAAUAAAACUAAUUCAAAUUUCUUGUCUUCAACAACAUGCUUCCCAAAGCUAGACGAACUUCAGCUUCCGAAGUUAAAUGUUCUGUUGAUAACAGAAGCAAAUGAGUUAGAAGAAAUAUUCAAAAGUGCAGAUGAUCAGAAUGUUCAUAUUUCAAAUUUAAAUGUUUUAGUAUUUGAUAUGCUGCCAAGCCUCUGUUGUGCUCAGGGAAAUCAAUUCCAGGCUGUAAAAAAUCGCUUCGUGCGGGAUUGUCAACAAAUCAAACUGACUUCAGCAUCAACAACCAACACCUUCAUAGAAAUUGAAAAGAUACGUUACAUCAUAGAUUUUGAUUUGUAUAAGAAAGUGGGAGAUCUAUUUAAACAACAACGAAGUGCAGAAUCCACCAAAGAUUUUGAUACCGAGUCGAAGUUAGCAAGUGUUGAAAUUGUUGAAAAUGCUGGGAUUGAACAACUGCCAAGUGCAAAAAUCACUGAAGAUUUUGAACUACCAGUUGAUCAAGGGGAUCCUUCUCAAAAAGUAGAAGAUUUAGCAAUACUACCAACAAAAUCAGGAAUUCAAAUGAAACAAUUACCAGAGACAGAGCAUGAAUUUGUUGAAAAUGUUCCAGAUUUAGCAAUACUACCAACAAAAUCAGGAGAGUUGCAGAAUGAACAAUCACUUGGAGAAACUGAUACUACAGUCCAAUCUUCUCAAGGUAUUGAGAUAGAAGGAACUUCUAAGACUAAUAAUGAUCAAGGUAAACAUUUUUUGGUUUUUGAAGAGAAAGCGUAUCUUGUUGGUGUUGAGCAGCAGAUUCAUCUUCCUCUCGCGCCUCAGUCCCGGCAAUGCCGCCACUGCUUCAUCUUCUCCAAGCUGGUAGCAGCGUGUAUACUUGCCGUUUACUUGGCUUUACUUUAUGAAAUAUAUGUUUCAGAUUGGCACUUCACUGUCCAUAAUCCAUACAACAUGUAUAAAGGCACAACUUUCACUGUAACCUGUGGUGUUAGAGAUAAACUUGACGCUCCUUGUAAUGUGGGAUAUAUUGACGGAGAGUUGUACACACUAAGCUAUGUUUGCGUAACAUCUGGUGCUGCGACAUUAGUUUUUUCAGCCUUCGAUGUGAUGGGUGACUUAAAUGAUACUCUUGAGCAAGCAUUUGGUGAAGAGUUCAAUUUUUAUGUUUUAGUUAGGUUAUGGGAGCAUUCCUAUGACGGAUUUGUUCCCUCUCUAAAUUUGAUUUUUCUAGUAGUGAAUGGCGAUGCUUUGAUGAAAGUAAACUCAUAUGUUGAGGAACAAUUUUCUAAGGAUGAUGAAAUAAUAGUUUCCAAAUCUGAACCAUCUCCGAGGAUCACAUCUCCUGUUGCAUCUAAAGGGGAUCCUUCUCAAAAAUUAGAAGAUUUAGCAAUACUACCAACAAAUUCAAAAGAGUUGCUGAAUGAACAAUCACUUAGAGAAACUGAUACUAUCAUCAAACCUUCUCAAGUAAAUAAUUUGGAUGGAUCAACAUCAGAAAAAACAGCAGUUGCAACUAUGUCCACCAUUUCAGGAACAAAGAAUGAGCCACCUAUACAAGUGGUUGCUUCUAAACAAAAGGGACUGCAGGGUAUUGAGGUUGAGAUAGAAGGAGUUUCCAAGACUAAUAAUGAUCAAGUUUCUCCAAAUGGCGAUGCUUUCAUGAAAGUAAACUCAAAUGUUGAGGAACAGUUUUCUAAGGAUGAUAAAAUAAUAGUGUCCAAAUGUAAACCCUCCUCUCCUAGCAUCACAUCUCCUAUUGCAUCUCAGUUCCCUUCAAUGCCUUCUAAAGGUGACCCUUCUCUUGUCAAGAGGGAGCUUGAGGAAUUGGUCUCCAACAAUCAUUUGGAUUACGAGAACUUGUCUUUGUUAACUGAUUUUCUUGUUGAGAAUCCUUCCGUUCGUUUAAAGGACACUUCACUUCGUUAUAGAUACAAGGGUUGCGCUUACAACUUACUUGCCGAGCUAUUGAAGUUCCUUGAAACCCAUAGUUUGUUGGAAGUAUCGGGCUCAUGCCACUCUGAAUUUGUGGAGUUAUUACAAGAUGCGCGCAACUUUGCUUUUGAUAAGGAAUGGUUGGCUGGUGUCGAGAGGCGUGCUUUAUUUCCUGAAAUACAAGUAUCUCCAGAUGCUUUGGAAAAAUUAUUGGAUUUCAAGAAACAGGUUACCAAGGAUGUUGAAGACUUGCGUUUGAAGAUAGAUAUUUUAAGUCAAGUUGCGGAAGAUCUUAAGCAUCAAUUGACAUCCUCUGAAGCUGUUUUGGAGAGUAUCAUUCAACAAGAGGCAGUUUUAAGUGCCCCUAUUGGUUAUUAGACUAUAUUUUCAUUGCUAAUUUGCUAUGCUUUUUAUUGUGUGUGUUUUUUAUUGUCCUUCAAUAUUGUUUAUUCCUUGAGUGUAAGGUUUCGUCAUUUCUCAUAUGAAAUGAACUUAUAUGAACCGUCUUAUUAAGUUUGUGUUGGGUGGAUUCACUCCUCAAGUGGAAUCCACACAAAUUAUAUUAAAUGAAAAGACAAAAAAAAGUGAAAGAGAAAGAGAAAAAAAGAGGGAAAAAAAAAGGAGAAAAAGAGAAAGAAAAAAAGAAAAGAAAAAAGGUGUAUUUGUGUUUUAAUAGGCCAUUUGUGUUGUUAAUUGGUUUCUACUUUUCUUGAGUAUUGUUGUUCCUAUUGUGUACUCAUUAUUAUUCAUAGUGGAAGAUUUAUCUGGCUUUGGUCCCGUGGUUUUUUAUUCUCUCACAUUGAGAGGAUUUUCCACGUAAAA